UUGCUCGCUCCCUUAUGUGAUGAAUCAAUGCUUUCAGAACAGGGGCUUCUGAGUGACUGCGGGAACAAUUACUUCCAAAUGAACUCGUGCAUCUUAUCAGGGAGCAUUCAGACCACACCCCAGGUCUCUGCUGGUGGUUCUGAAGCCAAACCUCUGAUCUUCACGUUUGUCCCCACUGUCAGAAGACUACCAACCCAUACUCAGUUGGCUGAUACCUCUAAAUUCCUUGUUAAAAUCCCAGAAGAACCAAGUGAUAAGAGUCCAGAAACUGUAAAUAGGUCUAAAUCCAAUGACUACUUGACCUUGAAUGCUGAGAGCCAGCAAGAGAGAGACCAAGGGACAUUGACUUGUCCUUCAGAGGUCAGUGGAAGGAUUUUACAAGAAAGGGAAUUUGAAGCAAACAAACUUCAAGGAAUGCAGCAAAGUGACCUCUUCAAAGCUGAGUAUGUCCUUAUUGUGGACUCUGAAGGAGAAGAUGAGGCUACAAGCAGGAAAGUUGAACAAGGGCCCCCAGGGAGGAUUGGCACGACAGCUGUCCGGCCCAAGUCUCUAGCAAUCUCUUCCAGUCUGGUCUCUGAUGUAGUGCGUCCCAAAACACAGGGGACUGAUCUCAAGGCUUCAUCACAUACUGAAAUGCUUCAUGGGAUGGCCCCUCAGCAAAAGCAUGGGCAGUUAACUUCUUCUCCCACUACCUCUGAGCAGCUUGCCUGUAAACCACCUGCUUUCUCCUUUGUUUCUCCAACUAAUCCGAACACACCACCCGACCCAGUUAACCUCGAGGGAGCCUCUGUCCUAGAGGAGUUCCACACUAGGAGGCUGGAUGUCGGUGGGGCCUUGGUGGAAGAAUCAUCUACGUAUUUUCAAACUACCGCUCACUCUUCACCCUUUUCUGCAUCGAAGGGCACCUCCUCGACGUUACUGUUUCCCCAUUCCACUCAACUAUCAGGUUCUAACUUACCCAGUUCAACUGCAGCAGAUCCAAAGCCUGGACUGACCUCUGAAGUUCUGAAGAAGACAUCUGUCACCUCACAUGCCCUUAGUAGUGGAGAAAGUCCGAGAACCUCUUCUCUUCCACCGUCCUCCAGUGCUUCUCUGAAGUCGAGUUCAGCCUCCUACAUACCAGUCCGCAUUGUCACGCAUUCACUCUCUCCGAGCCCCAAACCAUUUACCUCCUCUUUCCACGGCUCUUCUUCUACCAUCUGCAGCCAAAUGUCAUCUAGUGGAAAUCUUUCAAAGUCAGGGGUAAAAUCCCCGGUGCCCUCCCGGCUUGCCCUUCUCACUGCCAUUCUCAGGUCAAACCCUUCCCACCAAAGACCCUUUUCCCCUGCAUCCUGUCCCACCUUCUCUCUCAACUCCCCGGCCUCUUCCACGCUCACACUUGAUCAAAAACCAAAGCAGACCCCACUGACGCCUAAAAAAUCUCUCUCAAGUUGUUCCCUGAGAGCUGGGUCUCCAGAUCAAGGGGAGCGCCAGGUUUCUGAGUUGACCCAGCAAUCUUUUCGCCUGCCUGUUUUCACCCAGUCUACUCCCCUUUCGCAGGCGCCCUCCCUCUCUCCUACAAAACAGGCUAGUAGCAGCCUUGCUUCCCUGAAUGUAGAGACAACACCAUCACCCACUUUGAAGAGCAAUACAAUGCUCUCCCUGCUACAAACCAGUACAUCCAGUUCUGUGGGUCUUCCUCCAGUUCCUCCAAGCUCUUCUCCUCUUUCCUCUUUAAAGAGUAAACAGGAUGGUGACCUCAGAGGUCCAGAAAGCCCCAGAAACAUUCAUACAUACCCUUCUACAUUAGCCUCCUCUGCAUUAUCUUCUCUGUCCCCUCCUAUUAAUCAAAGAGCUACAUUGUUUUCUUCAGAGAAGUGUUUCCAUCCUUCCCCAGCUCUUUCAAGCCUGAUAAACAGAUCUAAAAGAGCAUCAUCCCAACUAUCUGACCAGGAGCCGAAUCCCUCAGCUCUUCCUUCAGUCCCUAUCUCCAAUGCUAGCUCUGCCUCUCUUCCCAACCUGAGGUCCUCCUCUCUCCCUCGUGCCAGUCUGCCCACCCACAUGCCCCACCUCAGUCCGUCAGCACUGUACCCACAUUGCGGCAGUGGUACCCUGCCUUCAAGACUUCGGAAAUCUGAAAGCACCACCCUCAACCACAGGUCACCUGUUUCAGCCCUGUCACUUCCCCUAUCUCUAACAAGAACUGAGGAGCUGAUUUCACCUUGUGCAUUGUCCAUGUCAACAGGCCCAGAAAAUAAGAAACCCAAGCAAUACAAGACCAAGUCAAGCUACAAGGAUUUUGCAGCAAUCCCUACAAACACAUUGCUUUUGGAACAGAAGGCACUAGAUGAACCAGUCAAGACUGAAAGUGUCUCCAAGGACAGCACAUUAGAACCACCCUUUGAGUUGUAUUUUCCUGCACAGCUCAGGCAGCAAACUGAAGAGGUCUGUGCUACCAUUGAUAAGGUCUUACAGGAUUCCUUGUCUAUGCAUUCUUCUGAUUCUUCUUCAAGGUCCCCAAAGACAUUGUUGGGUUCUGACACAGUCAAAACGUCUACAACUCUUCCAAGAGCAGCUGGUCGAGAAACCAAAUAUGCAAAUCUCUCCUCACCAUCUUCUACAGUAUCUGAGAGUCAACUGACUAAGCCUGGAGUAAUUCGCCCAGUACCUGUAAAAUCCAGAAUAUUACUGAAAAAAGAGGAGGAAGUCUAUGAACCCAACCCUUUCAGUAAAUACUUGGAAGAUAACAGUGACCUCUUUUCUGAACAGGGUAUGACAGUCCUUCCCAAGCCUGUCUCGCUCCAUCCUUUAUAUCAGACUAAACUCUAUCCUCCUGCUAAGUCCCUGCUGCAUCCACAGACCCUCUCACAUGGUGACUGUAUUGCCCCAGGACCUUUCAGUCAUCUGUCCUUCUCCAUGAGUGAUGAACAGGAGGAUUCUCACACCCUCCUCAGUCACAACACAUGCAACAAGCUGAGUCAUCCAAUGGUGGUUAUUCCUGAACAUGAAGCUCUUGAUUCCAAAGAGAUAUAGUGGAAAAUGGGAGAAAAAAAGUGAUUUUUGAAAAAUUUAUCUCUGAGAAGGGACUGAGUGAGCUCACACAUUCAUUUAAAAUACCCUCACAAAAGAAGUAUGCUUAAUUUUGCAGCCUCCAAGUUUAGGAAGAAACAAGCAUAAUAUGAAAGAGAAGUAAGAAUGAUACAAUUCCACAUAUCAUUUGAAUUUUCUUUUCUGAAUCAUGUUUUCCACAAGUUAGGGCAUAUUAUCUACUUUUCCUAAAUUGGCAUCCUGAUUUCUGCAAAUUUAAAAAGCUCUGUCAUAGAAGACUGAUGUGGCUUUCUGCUGUAACAUUAGUUAUUAAAAUAUAAAGUUGUGUUAUGAAUAGGUAUGCAUUUAUAUCCUUGACCACAUCUCUGGUUACUUUUUAAGAUAAGAUUCUAAAAAUAGGAUUAUAGGUUUUAUGAGUAUGAAUAUAUGAAAGACUCUCAACAUAUGUAGCCCAAUUUCUGUCCUGGAAAAUUGUAGUAAUUUACCCUUUGAGGAAUGUGUUUAGCAAUAUCCGUCUCUAUGCAGUCUUGCCAGCAUUGAGAAUUGUUAUAAUUGCCAAUGUAUUGAGAGGUACUAUACAUUAAAAACAGUGUGAUACACUUUGUUUUACUGAAUCUUCAUAAAAUAUUCUCAAGUACUAUUAUAAUUCCUUUUAGAGAUGAGGAAACUAAGGCUGCAGGAGCUCAGUCUAUUGCCUGAUGUCAAAUAGAUAGGAAGGGUGUCCACAAUCAGAAAUUGAAUCCAAAUCUGAAAGCCUGCAGUCCAUGCCUCUUGGGUGCUCUACUAUUCUCUGUCUAGUGUCUAUAUUCAUCUAAAUUAGGAUGUUUAAUUUAGAUAAAUAUAUUUAUCCAAAUUUCUCUUUUUAAUUUAUAUUUCUACCUAUGUGAUCUAAUUCUUUUCCUUUGAAAAUCACCUUUUAAAAUACUUGCCAAAUUAAAAGGGCAAGUUAUGUUUCAAUAUUAACUUUCAUGUUAAAAUUCUGUAUUUCUUCUGUUAUUUUUGUCUUUAUUGUUUAUGUAUUUUGUUUUUCACUAUCUUAGGCAAAAAGAUAGUGCAAAAACAAAAUUUAUUGGUUUGGUAAUAUAUUUUUAUUGAGUAGUAAACUCCCUUUUUAUAUAUUAAGGUUAAUAACUUUUUGUCAAAUAUGUUAGCUCUUUCAGUAUAAUGGUGGCAAAUUGUAUAAUAGUGAAAAAUUAGACAAACAUAUAUGUCCAAAAAUAGAAGAAUUAUUAUGUAAAUUUUGCACAUUGAGAUGAAUAUAAAAAAUAGGAAGCUUUGUAUUUCUUUCAAAUACAAUAAUUUUGGUUCAAGUUCACAUAGGCUAUAACUACACAACAAGAGUGUUUCUACACAAAAAAGAGAAAAUCAAUGGUUGUUUAAAUUACAAAGACAGCCAGUUCAGUUAACAAAUUGAGAACUACUGAAUGUUAGGCAAUGCAAAAGACUUUGUGAACUAAAGAGAACAUUAUAGAUGUAGUAUUUGCAUUUUUUACACCAAUUAUCACAACCCUAAGAGAAAACUUAAGAUAGUGAAUAAGAUUGCCAUAAAAUGAUUUUGAUUCAGGUUUGGAAUAUCUGAAAAAUGUCAUUUAGAGUUUGAAGUUUAACAUUUGUGAGACACAGUAACUGUUAGAAGUAAAAGAAAUGUAAAUAAUUAAGCAAAAGGCCUUUUUGUGCUUCCAGUGUGCUGUAUAUUACUUCUCAGUAAUAUUGGCACAUUUUGGAGCAAUUUAACAACUUUUACAGCUUCUUAUAAUAUGUGGUCAGACUAAUAUUGACCCAUAUAUUUCCCCCAAUCCUUUUCCCUGUUAUUUAUUUACUUUCAAAGUCAACCAAGAAACAUCAAUUUUAUAAAGCAAUUCUGUUCUUAAGAUUCUAUGGCCUAAAGGAAUAAACCAUUUCAGUUACAAACUCAGUGCAAAUAAAGAAUUAUGGAAGAGCCCUUGAUGGUAUCUCACAAUUUUCCCCUUGGUCUUUCUUUCAUAUCCUAAAGACAUUAGUUUGUCUUACUUACCACCAGACUGUCAUCUCUUGAAUCAAAUCAGAAAAUUUAUAGAUACUAUUUUUUAAAAAUUAACUCAGUAAUUCAUUUAAAUACAAACAUGUGUCAGAUAUAUCUGAUUUGACUUACCCAUCAUUUUUAUAACUCACAUCCUUCCUAAAGUUCAUUUAAAAGGAACUAACUCAAAAAAAAAAAAAAAAAAAAAAAAACAGUUUCACUUAUCAUCUAGCUCAGUGGUUCUCAACUCUGGCUGAACGUGAGAAUCACCUGUAAUUGACUAUUGAAACACACCAAUGACAGGGAUCCACUGCAGACAAAUUAAUAAAUCAAGAAACUUUGCAGGUGACAAAGGUAUUGGUAUGUUUUAAAAUCUCUUCAGGUUAUUCAAAUAUGUACCAAGGGUAGCAAUGUUCAAAUUUUUGCUCCUUCAUUGGCAGCCUAGGCAGGCCAAUCAAAUAAAUCGGUCAUUCAACUCUGAAAACACAAAAUAGAAAGUAAAAGUAGGAGGAUCAUAAAAGAUUUUGUUCCAAUAAAUGAUUUCAAUUACUAAAAACUUGGGUGACAAAUUCCUGUCCAGUGGCAUGAAGGAAUAACAUAUGCUUUAAUUUGUGGUAGAUUAAUUUUGAGAGAUCUGUUCUAUGUUGAGAUUCACUAUAAUUUCAUUAGUAACGUCUAAUUCUUUAUUUUUAUUUUCCUUGACAUUCCAUACAAGGUUUGGAAAUUGCUUUGGAUGAGGCUGGCAUAGGAUUUGGUGCAAGCUGAGUCUGGAGGCUUAGUGCAUUCCAAACAAUGUUUUAUUUGUACUUUAUAUAACACUUGAAAUACAUGAUCACUAUCCACCUUCAUGCAAGCAGAUGAAAUCCCUAAAUAAUUGAUUUGACCAUUGUGUCAGCUGACUGAUUUUCAAAGAAGAAUACUUUCAUAGAUUUUUACUGUUCACACCAAAGCAGUAAUCUCUGAGUAGGUGAGUAUUUAACAUCAUAUAGGCAGAGCAUACUCCCUGACUGAUAUGAAUGAUUUCUGAGUUACUUAGGAGAAAAUUAAUUUCUAGUAGUGACAAUUAUGUUUUAUUGUAUUUCUUGUCUUGUGAGUUCAGCAACUCUUUUAUCCACAAGCACUCCAUAACCUACUUCUUCUUCUAAAGGCUUAAUUGUGAAAGUCAUACUGCAGAGUGAGAUAUAAACAGACUGUCCCUUUUUAUAUUACCUGCUACGUGCAUCCCUAUGACUACUGUAUUUUAUUUUCAAAUUGAAGGUCAAUUGAUUACCAAAAAUGUGAUUAGAUGCAUUUGGUUCUGACCUUUCAGGUUCAUUUGUUAUUAACACAACUUGAGAGCUAAUCAUUCACUAGCUGCUCAUAAAACACAUACUAGGCAAAUUCUUCUCUUUCCUUAUUCCUUCUCUUUGCAGAUAUUUUAUAAACUUUUAACAAGAUAACAAUUCUGUUAGCAAGGUGACUAUGACUUAUUUGCCACUUUGGUGGUAUAUAAGCUUUCUGAGUUUAUUUUAUUUUGAAUUUCAGAACCUCCAUUGAUGUCUAAGAUUCCAAUCUUAUAAAGCAGGCAUCCCAUUCCUCUGACUAUUCUUCGGAUGAGAACAUAGAAAAGGGAAAAUAAGUCACUUGCCCGUGGAAGCCACUCUCAUAUUCUGGUUUGAUUCAAGGGUCAAAAUAAAAUUAUCAAGAGAAAAAGGCCCACUCUAUCUUUUCAGGCAAUUUUCCAAAAACAUUAUUUCUCAAAAUGAAGUUUUGAUACGUCUUGGAUUGCUGAGAGUUAAAGGCUGUAAUCCCAGGGGAGAAUUGGGACUCUUGAUAUUAUUACCUGUUGUUUAAAAGAAGAUUUCUAUGCUUUGAUAGACAAAUGACUACAGGACCAGGGUAAAUCUGUCUUAUAAAAAUAAAGAUACUUGAUAUAGUACCUGGGUAGAUAGCCACCUUUCCCAGGCAUCAGGUGGGCAGGGAAAUAAUAAAGGAAAGAAUAUUCCUAUAUUCAGAUUUGGUAGCAAUAGACCCAUCAAAAUGACUUUCUUGUGUUACAAGCCCGCAGCCUACGUUGGGGAAAUGUAAUUUAAAAACAAAACAAAACAAAACCUUUCUGCUAACCCUGAAGUUCCCUUUGCAAGGGUAGUAGAGAAAGAAAACCCUUUUUGUUAGUGAAUAAACAUUGAACCAGAAUGUGAUGUGCAUCUUAGGCAAUCUGCUAAGAGAUUGCAGAGAAGAAAAAAUCUCACCCUUCAUAUAGCCAAGUAGAUAGACUCCAUUAUAUACAUAUUCUCAAGAUCAACAAUAAUUAAAUUGGCCGUCAAGAAAAAAUGAGAGCAUCAUUAAAUUCACCUGGAAUUUGGGGUGACAAUCUAUGCCUGUCUUUACACAAGGCAAAGUAAACUUCUCAUCUUUAGAACAUGGGGUCAUUUUAUAACUUUGAGCCAGACUUGAGCUAAACUUAGAGUCUUACCCUCCUUGGAAACUUUCAGAAAGGGAUGCUGUCUUCCUUGAUUGUUUACAUUUAAAAGAGAUAGUUUGCAAGUUCUUGAAAGAGACUUUUCUAGGCCUGACAAAAGGCCUACCUAGUUUUCAAAAGACUUUAUAUACAUUUCAAAGACAGGAGAAAGUACUUACAAUGAGUUUUCUAAAGUAAAUGCUGUAAGAAAAAGAAGUGGGAGGGAAAUCUGUCCCCUUCUGUUCAGCGGAAAGAAUUAAGCUUUUCAUUUUGAAUUUCCAAUUGUCCUUGCACUUGGUUGGCAAGAACCAGAAUUAAAAUCAGAGGGAGUCUGACUCUGAAGUACCCAAUCAAAAGAAACAGGUCUCAUGUAUUUUUCUUUUCUAGAAACUCAGUUAAAUCUAUAGAAGUGGGUGUUUGACAAUUUUGGGGUUUCUCCUCAAAGUCAUCUCAGUAGAUGAAAAUUGGGUUUGAUAUUGUAGUGAGUCAUUGCAAAGUUGAGCAGAAGUCAGGAACUAAAAGACCUAUGAGUCCUCUGUGUGGUGGCUUCGGAAGACUAUUUCUGGUUUUCCAAGAGAAACAAACAAAACAAUAAGAUCAGGGUUAGUAAUUAUCUGGAACUCACAUCAUCCAGAUGUCACAUGGUUUUGGCUCCAGAUUCAACACUGUACUCUCUAGAGUCCAUUCUACCUGCAUUCUUUGUCUAUGAGGCUGUCUUUAUAGGACCUUAAUUACUGAACGUUUUAUGGCUUCUGGCUUAUGGAUAAUAAACUCUGCUACCAGAUCUUGUCUUUUUACACCAAAGUCAAUAGUUACAUAAAUAUACAAAAUAGUUAAAAUCUUUCAGAAAAAAGAAUGGACAUGCAGUAUUAAUCAUAUUAUAUACAUUACUUGGAAAUGGCUUUUUGUUCUCAAUACAUGCAGCCUGAUUUCAUAUUCACAAGAACAUAUAUGUAGAUUAUUUUGCUUUCAUUUUGCGGGAAAGAGUAUGCAUAUUUGGUUUUGCAUUUCAAGGGAAUGAAAAGCCAACUCACACAGCACAUUCUUUUAAAAAAUGCUUUCUGUAACAUUGGCUUAACGUUUCACAAGAAUAUAUUACCCAUUACCUGAAGUUAACUCUAAAUUAAAAAAAAAAAAAAAAAAAAAACAAGAUGUUGAGCUUGACUGUGUUCCAGAAUUAUGACUUUCAAAACAUCUUAAGUUCUUUCUUAAUUAUAUUUUCUUAUAUCCAAAAUAAGUGUGUUGUUUCGCUGGCAAUAUGAUAAAAUACUAAGCCUUAACUGCCAGGAAGCUAGUUUGAAAAUAGGAUUGAUUUAUUUGUUAAUGAUUCUUACUUUCCUUAUAUGUCCACCUUUGUUAUUUUCAAGUUAUUUAGCUCUUUACCUAUACUGAGAUUGGCAAAGAAAAGUAAAAACUUCACACAGUGUCUAUAAAAUGAUGGCUCUAGCUGUCAUAGCAUAGUACAUCAUUUCCAACUAGCCGCUAAAUUGUGGGGCCAAACAUUUCUUUGAUCUGCUGGUGGGUUUGGGAAGAGCUGAGCAAUAGUGCUGAGCUUGCUGGCAUGGUGUCAGAGGAUGAUCUGCCUAUUGCCCUUCAAUCUGAGUUAAUGAUUCCCAUUAUAAUAAAAUUUUAUAUUUGAGAAAGAACUUAGAAGGUAUUUGUUCCAGUAUUUUAUUUAAUGUUAUAAUCCCAUCUACAACAUAUAUGCUUAUAUAUCUUCUGUUGAAACUGUCCGGUGACAGAGUUCACCAUUUUCACAAGCCACAUUCAAUAUAUGUUUUAGUUUGACUAAGACAAACUAAGUAACGGCUAUGUGAACAACGAAAGCAAAUAGAAAACACAGAAUACGCUGGGGUUUAAUUUGGAGCACUAUGACCUUGGGUGUGAUAUUGAAUCUUUCUGAACUUCAGUUUUAUUCUUUGUAAAAUGGAAUCAAAUGAUUGUGAAGAUCUGCCUUAAUGUAUGUAAAGUGCUUAGUGUAUAAAAUACAUGGUACUUAAAAAGUAUUGGCCAAAUGAUGAUCAUCUCCUUAAAUCUCUUGUAAUAUUAACUACUAAAUGCUGGUACUUUCAGAAAAAUCAUGUUGGUGCUUUCAAAAAAAGCAAAAUAAUGAUAAUUUUUAUUUAUUAGAAUAAUUAAUGAGGAGAUGUGCUUGAGUCACUUCCUCGCUUUGUUCCAGGGCUUCAGAGAAUUCCAGAUGGUGAAAGCUACGGCUUUCUUCUUACUUUUUGCCUAUUGAUUUUCUAUGGCCAGAAUAAACCAGAGCAGUCAUGGAGCCACCCCCUGUGUUAGUGCUUGUUCUCUGUCUCCUUCUUUUAGUCUAAAAUGUACUUUCUUCUAAUAAUGCAGAAUGUAACCACAUUUUACAAUCCUGUGUGGCUGCUUGGCUAUGACAUACACCUUGCACAUAGGGGCCAGCUCCAAGUCACCACCACGACUUCUUCACCUCAUGAUCUGGCUGAAGACAUAGCACAGAAAGUUGCCUACAGAAAGGCAACUGACCACCUUUAUUUUCUACUGGGAAUUUCGGAGGGCUCCCUUGUUAGUCAUAAGUUAGAACCUGGAAAUAGAAAGCUCUGGUCAUUUCCUCCAUUGGUGUUAUUCCAUCACAUUGUUCUAUCAGAGUCAUGUCUUAGAACUAAAUUUCUCAGAACUAAAUUUUCUUCUUGCUUCAUCUCUGAUGCUUUCUUUUAUAUUCUCUUUUGUGCAGUCUGCCUUCACAGUACGAAAUACCCAU